AUGCAGUGGGAUAAAGAGAUUUAUAACAAUUUGAUUAUAUGCUAUACACCAGCUAGAGGAUUGAUUACAAAUUGUGUUGAGCAAGCUGCAGCUAUUUCGUGUCAACAUUACAGGAUUUUGGAAAGCACUCCAAAUUUUCGCUUAAUACCCUUUCAAAGGUGAGGCGACACUUUUGGCUUGCUUAUGCAGCCCUUAUUGAACGGCCAGCUUCGUAUCCAGACUCUAAAAAAUCAAUCUAGCUGUCAGUAAGAGUAUAUAGUAUCCAAAUAUUUACACGGCACAAUAUGUUUUAGAAUGUAUGGUUAAUAGAAUUAGUUCUAGAAUUUACUAUAAUAAUUAUUGCUUAAUGAUUUAUAUAAAAAUGCUAUAUAUUAAAAUAAUUUUUUACUCUAUCUUGAAAAAUAGAAUUUUCCUAAUAAAUUUUGUUCAUACCAAGGAGUUGGAAAAUUAUCAAGUUGAUGUGCAAAAAGAAGACGGAGAUUCAAAAGAAAGAGUAGAUGUAAACGAAGCCCAAAUUUUAGAUGAGAUUUUAAGUACAGGAAAAACUGAUUGCAAAGCUGGAAUUAUGAUAAAUAGAGAAAAAUAUAAAAUCAUCAGCUACGAUGCAUAUUUUAAAACCGCUUAUUUAUCGAAGUCAAAUGGAGGAGCAUGCGCUAUUAAGACAAACCAAACCAUAGUUUUUGCGAGCUGGAACAAAGAUCUCGUUACAGGAGGAGUUCGAUCUUUUCAUCAAAAUGCAAGUUUCUGCAAUGAAAGAUGCCGAAAAUUUGCCCAGAGCUUGGUAGCAGUUGGAUUAUAA